AUGGAGGCCAGCAGGAGGCUGAUGAAGGAGCUUGAAGAAAUCCGCAAAUGUGGAAUGAAAAACUUCCGUAACAUCCAGGUUGAUGAAGCUAAUUUAUUGACUUGGCAAGGGCUUAUUGUUCCUGACAACCCUCCAUAUGAUAAGGGGGCCUUCAGAAUCAAAAUCAACUUUCCAGCAGAAUACCCAUUCAAACCACCGAAGAUCACAUUUAAAACAAAGAUCUAUCACCCGAACAUCGAUGAAAAGGGGCAGGUCUGUCUGCCAGUAAUUAGUGCUGAAAACUGGAAGCCAGCAACCAAAACCGACGAAGUAAUCCAGUCCCUCAUAGCACUGGUGAACGACCCCCAGCCCAAGCACCCACUUCGGGCUGACCUAGCUGAAGAAUACUCUGAGAACCAUAAAAAAUUCUGUAAGAAUGCUGAAGAGUUUACAAAGAAAUACGGGGAGAAGCGACCUGUGGACUAA